UCGUGACGUCAAAGGUACGCUCUGUCUUGUGUCUGUGGGAGAUGUUAUGAAAACUGUGGAAUCGCAAAGAUGUAGUUCACAGAACUCCCGCGGUUUAUUUCCCUAUUUUCUGUUUCUGAAGGUUUCGCAGAAUCAGCUGUGGUUGACGGCCUCAUGUGUGUGAUUCAGCCUCUCUUCAGGCUCCUGUGUGUCCUGUCCUUGGUUCUGGCCUGUUCCGGUUCUGGUCCUGGUUCCGGUCCUGGUUCCGGUCCUGGUUCCGGUCCUGGUCCUGGUCCUGGUCCUGGUCCUGGUCCUGGUCCUGGUCCUGGUCUUCACGGCCGUAACAACAGCGUGAGUCAUGAGUACUGUGUGCUGGGAGCUGGACCUGCGGGGCUCCAGAUGGGCUACUUUCUGUCCAGGAGCCGGAGAGAUUACGUCGUUCUGGAGCGAAACACAGGACCAGGCAGCUUCUUCCGCAUAUAUCCUCGCCACAGGAAGCUCAUCAGCAUUAACAAAAUAUACACGGGGAGGAGGAACAGGGAAUUCAACCUGCGUCAUGAUUGGAACUCCCUGCUGAGCGACAGGACCGACCUGCUGUUUCAGCGAAUCAGCCGAGAGCUCUACCCCAGUGCAGACGACUUCCCACGCUACCUCUCGAGGUUCGUGACGGAGCUGGGACUGAAGGUCAAAUACGGAGCUGAUAUAGGGAGAAUCAAAGCGUCAGAUUUGAACGGAGACCAAGGCUACGUUCUGAACGAUCAGAAUGGUGUCAGUUAUCAAUGCAGAGUCCUGUUGGUGUCCACUGGCCUUUGGGUUCCUCAGCAGGUGGAUUUUCUCGGCUCUGACCUGGUAGAGGGUUACGAGUCUAUUCCCACUGAUCCCGAGGAGUUUAAAGACCAGGCUGUGUUAAUCCUCGGCAAAGGAAACUCCGCCUUUGAGACGGCUCAGAGCAUCUUGGGUAGAGCGAGCCGGGUUCACUUGUACAGCCCCAGCCCUGUGCGACUCGCAUGGCAGACGCACUACGUCGGGGACCUCAGGGCAGUAAACAACGAGCUGUUAGACACGUACCAGCUGAAAUCUCUAGACGGUCUUGUAGAGGGAAGACUAGAGGAUAUAGCCAUUGUCCGAAGAGAAAAAGAUGGAGGGAAGAGAAGAACAGCAAAGAAAAGAAGUCCAACACCAACGGAGAGAAAGCAGCAGCUGUAUUUAACUCUUACUGAACUUCUUGACCAGAAUGGCAACAACAUUUCAAAGGUCACUGGGCAGAACCUGCCUGGUUACCACACUGAUAACUUCUCACUCAGACAGCCGUAUGACCUCGUCCGAUGCCUGGGCUUUCGUUUUAACUUCUCCGUUUUUUGGGGUAAGGAAACACCCGGAAACUCUGCACGGCCACCCCAGAGCAGCGGUGCCCGAGGCCGGUUGCCAGGGACAACAGCCUGGUAUGAAGGCAGGGGGACGCCCAACAUGUUUGUCCUGGGCACCGCAGCUCACUCCAGAGAUUAUCGUAUGUCUGCCGGUGGGUUUGUUCACGGUUUCCGCUACACUGUGCGUGCUGUUCAUAAAAUCCUGGAGCGGCGUUACCAUAACAUUGCCUGGCCUGCUACAAAAUUACCCAUCAGCCAGCUGCAGUCCUGGAUCCUUAGGAGAGUGAACGAAGCCUCUGGACCGUACCAGAUGUUCGGGGUCCUUGGGGACAUUAUUCUGCUGCGAGGGUCUUACUGUGAAUAUCUGGAGGAGUUUCCUCUGCAGGCCCUGCCCCAGCUGUCUGCUCUAUCUGGACGGCCUCUUACAGAUCACGGCCUACUGGUCUUGGUCAUGCAGUAUGGACUGAACCGGACCGAUACGCUUGGACCGGGUCGAGCCGAGUCAGAAUGGACUAAAGCCUGGAGGUCCAACUUCCUCCAUCCAGUCCUGUACUACUACAACACACUACCUACAGAGAAGGAUAUGAGGCGGCGUCCUGUUGGCUGGCCACUACCACGACCUGAGGCCGUUCAUCACAUGGUUGAGGACUUCUUGACUGAAUGGGAUCAGCCCGUAUCACACAGCCAGCCUCUCAGGCGCUUCCUCGAGCACUGCCUCCAAACCGACCUCAGGGCCUUUUAUGCUGAAUCGUGUUUCCUUCUGUCCCUCACCAGUCGUACUCCACCCCUCUUCUGCCGUCAAGGUUAUUUGAGAAAACAGGGCAUUGUGGGAAACAGCCACCUACGACAACAUGCCCGUGAGGCGGGACUCAUGGCAGAUCAUCAGGGAGAUAUUACUCCUGGCAAUGAUGCAUCGGUAUCUGAAUAUCUGAAACAUGCUGGCACUGCAGUCCUUUCAACUAUGAACUUUGACCUCUGAGAGGCAUUAAUACUAAUGGUACCAAAGAGCAAACCUCUUCAGCUGAAAUCACGUUCAUCUACCUCCCAUUACCUUAUCAGUUUACCUGCAUUUCCAUAAAAAACAUCCAGCAUCCUGAAAUAACGUCAACGUAACAAAACUACUUGCCAAAGUAUAGCUUUAUAUAGUGUUUUAUGGUGUUGGGUUUGGUGUUGCAAUACAAUGAGUAACUUAUUUUUUUUAUACAAUAGUUAAAGGUAUAUAAGAUAAGUAUUUUUCUUAGGUUGAAAUGCAUGUACUUUUAUUUUAACUACAAUAAAGACAUCCCAAUCAUUUUAAAAA